CAUUGCCGCUUGAUAUUUGAGUUUGAUAACGUUACUAUAGAGGACAGCUGAGGACAUGAGAGGGGUCAGCAUGGACCACCACCUUUCUCAAAGACCUUCUUGCCUUUAUCUGCUGAAGCUGGGCAAGUUUUCUACCUUAGCCUAUUAGACCCGUUCACACACAAACACAUUCCAGGAAUGAACACAUUGUAUUGUGUCAGACGUGACUGGGCAUCAACCUCUAUUAUUAUAUGGUAAUAAGGGUAUCUAAAAAUAUAAUGAAUGAUUGACUAGUGUCAUAGCGAGGAGUUCUGAUGUUUCAUGCUUAUCUUUUUAAACCACAGAACUUUCUAUUUUCAAGACUAGAACAUAAUGUUAUUGAACAUAAUACCUAAGCUCAUCUCCUCGAUUACCCCUGCAGCAUUUUUUUUAUAAUGCUACACCUAAACAGGUUUUGAAUAUAUCACAAGUGAACUGAGAGGAGGCUGGUACCAACUGUGUGUGGAAGAAAUUGGACAGACCACAUUUAAUUGUGCGUCAUCCAAACCUGCUUUGUCGCUUCAGGAAAGUAUUAUCUUUGAAUCUGUUACGCAGUAGGCUCCUUCACUAGUGUCAGUUGGUACGCCGGAAUAAAGUGUUUAAUUAAAAUAGUGGAAUUGGAAGUAAAAUGAACACCUAGUGUUUCUUCUAACAAAGUCUGAGAUGAUUAAAUGCACUUACUGACAACUAGACCCUGAGUACGGAACUAAAUGAGUAUAUAAUGAAAAGUAAAGGUUUGUCUCUGCAGAUGGGAAGAAGGCAGAUUUGCAGGUUCAUCCUUCCUGUGCUUGCUUUUUGUCUUUUGCUGCUAAUCUGUGUCAAGUACAGAGACGUCCCUCGAGGUUUACAUCCUCCACCUCCUUUACUUGAUGUUAAGACUGUUCAAAAAUACAGUAUUGACUGCUCAGCCAUAUAUGACCUGGAUCCAGUGGAGGUGUAUAAAUCUCUGAUCAUCAGACAAAAACACAUUGUGAAGGACAACGAUGAAAAUCUGCUCAGACUCACCUCCAACUGCUCAUUAUUCCGAAAGGUCAGAGGUUUUGAUGACGUCUGUGUCUCAGAGGAAGAGAAGGACUUUCCCAUCGCUUACUCUCUGGUUGUACAUAAAUAUCCAUGGAUGGUGGAGAGACUGAUCAGAGCGACGUACUCACCCAGUAACAUCUACUGCAUCCACUACGAUCUGAAGUCUCCAGCUCAGUUCGUUGCAGCUAUGGAAGGUCUGGCUCACUGUUUGCCCAACGUCUUCAUCGCCUCCAAGCUGGAGGACGUCAUUUAUGCAGGUUUCACUCGGUUAAAAGCCGAUUUGAACUGUCUGACUGACCUUUUGUCAUCAGAAGUGAAGUGGAAGUACGUCAUCAACCUGUGUGGUCAAGAUUUCCCCCUCAGACCCAACAAUGAGCUGGUGUCAGAACUAAAGAAGCUAAAUGGUUCUAAUAUGGUGCACACAUACAGGCCACCUCAGUAUAUGAAAAACAGAUAUGCUUUUCACUACGAGGUGAGAGAUGCUUACUUUGAAUAUAAAAAAACAGCAGUGCAAACAAGUAAAAGAAAAGCCCCACCACCACACAACAUAGAGAUGUUCACUGGCAGCGCCUAUUUUGUCCUGUCACGAGACUUUGUUUUGUACAUAGAUUCCUCAGUUGUGGUCAAAGACUUACUGGCUUGGUCAGAGGACACCUACUCCCCAGAUGAACACUUCUGGGCCACCAUUGUCCGACUGCCCGGCGUACCUGGAGAGGUGCCCAGAUCUCACCCUGACAUCACCGACCUGAUGAGCAGGACCAGGCUGGUGAAGUGGUCGCAACUGGAGGGCAGCUAUUACGCUCCAUGCACAGGAAUAUACGUACGUGCUGUUUGUGUUUAUGGUGCAGGAGACAUUCAUUGGUUACUCAACUAUGGUAGCUGGUUCGCUAAUAAGUUUGACACCAAUGUGGAUCCCAUUGCUGUUCAGUGUCUUGAGGAGAAUUUGUCGGAAAGAAAAAAUCUUUUUUAUUCAAUAGCAUCUCCGGACUGUUUCAAAGGCUGAUCACAAAUGUUCAGUUCUGGCUGAUAUUAAGACAUUUGGUUUUAUCAUCUCAUACGGUAUAGUUUGAAAAUUACGUCUUCGGUUCAAUGUUUCAGUGCUGUGUGUACAUUUGCUUUUGGUUUUACUCGUCCUGUCAUUUGACACCUGGCAUGGUAAAUAUUUGAUCAGUAUGAAUAACCUUUAAUUAUGAAAGAGUUCUGGGACAUGGGUGUAGACACAAAGGCCAUCUAUUGUAAUAAGCAGGUCAGACAGGUUUAUCUGUGAAAGGUUCAGAUGUAAGAUACACACUGUAUCAUUAAAGCUAAAUGAAGCUUA